ACCCCAUUUUUAAAGGGUCUCUUCAACCAACAUAUUUCUUCACCUACCUCUGGAGACCAUGCAUAUGGAUAUUGCAUUAUUUGCCAUGGAUAUUUAUGCCACCACCCUAACACAAUGGAGAUGAAGAUGAACCUGGCUCCGUCCUGUCACCUCUCACUGCUCCUGCUGCUUGUUGUAAACUUAAAAGGUGUGUAUGGGAACAGAAUCAUCGGGGGUGAGGAGGUACAACCCUACUCAAUCAAGUAUCAAGCCUCCCUCCGGUUUAUGGAAUACCACUUCUGUGGAGGCACCCUCAUCCACCCACAGUGGGUGGUGUCUGCUGCCCACUGCUGGAGACCGAGUCACAUGAUCCAAGUGGUCCUGAGUGAGCACAGCAUUCUCAAGGUGGAGGGCUUCGAGCAGACGUUCAAUGUCUCCUUAAUUGUCAGGCACUACCAGUACCAAUACUGGACAUUUGACAAUGAUAUCAUGCUGCUUAAGUUGGACCGUCCAGCCGUCAUCAACUCCAUGGUCGAGCCAGCCACUUUGCCAAACCUAAACUCACCCCCCCUGGCCGGCCUCACCCGGUGCACAGUCAGCGGCUGGGGUGUGACCUGGCUCAACAGCUACAGCCUGUCACCCGUACUGAGGUCUGUGGAUGUGGACAUCUUUUCCAACUGCUGGUACUACUACUACUUCAGGAUCACAGAGAACAUGGUCUGUGCUGGCUCUCUCUUCGGUGGGAAAGACUCUUGUCAGGGUGACUCAGGAGGACCUCUCAUUUGUAACGGUAAAUUUGAAGGCAUUGUAUCUUGGGGCAUCGGCUGCGCCUAUGCGUACUACCCUGGUGUCUACACCAAAGUCAGAAACUACCUUGGAUGGAUCAACUGGGUCACCCAGAACAGCUAAUGAGACUCCUAAUAACAAGCUCCACUGUGGUGAAGAUUUGAAUGGACCCAAAGACCUUAUGGAUAUUUUUUUGUUGUCUUUUAUACAAUGCUUUUAUAUAAACAUGAUUUUUUAUUUACUAAGAAAAAUGUAUCUGUAACAUUCACCCCAUGAGUGUGAACUCAUUAUAGCACACACAGGUACACAGUGAAGUGACUAUCAUAUCCACUUAGUGACCGAGAGAGAAGACUCAGGUUAUUAUAAAAAAAUAAACCAAGUCUGACAUACAUUAUGUAUGCAACUAAAUGCACUUUGCAUUGUAUAGUUAAUCUAUAUAGUUUUUAGUGUUUUCCAUAAAAAAACAUGGCACACAUCCGUUUCAGGGAUCAUUUUGGUCUUUGGAGCCUCUUUUCUCCACUGACUCAGAUCUUAAAGAGAAGCUGGACCAAGCAAUAAAGAUGCAUAUUUUCACAA